AUGCUACCCCUUCACUUUCUCACCGCUUGUCUUUUCUUUCUUGUGGCGCAGGUCGCCGGCGAUGAACGUCAUCUGAUCUUUAUUAACAAGGUCAGCAUCGGUAAUCUGGCUGCGCUGGAAAUUCUGAUGCGCAGGGGCGGCUACACUCAUGCUCACAUCAUUCUGAAUGGUAUUCGCCACUUCAACAAGGCAGUCGGCCAUUUCGAUCACUGGAUUGACGCAUUUGGCCGGCAGAGGUCGCCUGAUACCUCGCCAGCCUUCACUACGUACAAAGGUCGCUCUCUACCUGAUGAUCACCCGGGCGAAUGGUACGAAAGCUCCUUUCUAGGAACACCCCGAGAGCCAGGCAAGAAAAGCCUCUAUGAGAUGAAGUUCCUUCGAGGUGUUAUCUACGAUAUUCACCAGGUGGUCUCCACAAGCCCGAGAGACCACCAAUGGAUAUAUGAUCAGAUCAUUGCAAAGGAUGCCUAUAUUGGUCGUGUCUUCGUACAGCAUGGCCCCAACACGCAGAUCUACGACAAUCUCGGGCUUUCGCGCAGCUUUCACAUCGAACUUGAAAGGAUCUACCGCACCGCCAGGCGCAUUCUUAUCGUUUGCACAAACUCGAUCGAACCGGCCGAAAUUUCCGUCUCGCUGAGCGAACUCAACUAUAGGCUACCUUAUGAGCACCUCUACAAGGCAUCAAAGGAUCCUUUUGCAGCCAACACAUUGAUUCGUGUCAACAAUGUGCUCAAUGGCGAGAAGGCAGAAUUAGAGUUUCUGCCGGAAAAUUUACGUAAGGUGGAGCGAGAUGAGAACACAUCCUUUGUUGAGGCGGUCCGCAGACUUGUCCGUGAAGGUCUGAAUGGCCGCGAUGUGAACUUGAAGGCGAGUCUCAAUAGCUGGGUCCCCGAAGCAAGGAAGACGGUUAAGAACGAAAUGAAGAAAUCACAGGAUGAUUAUCAGCGCGCGUAUCUUGGAACGCUCUUGCAACGUUUGGAUGCGAUCGUGCUCAAGCUCAAAAACGGGCAACCAAGGGAAGGCGAGGUUGCAUUUGCCGAUCCCAUGUUAACCGUUGUUCUCUUCUCGAACAAGUACAAACCGCAGCCAUUUCCGCGCCAAGAACAGGGCGAAGCUUCAUCCUCUUCCUCUAGCGGUUGCCGCGGAAGCAGAGUCUGCAACGCAGAAUUAGGGCAAAAGCAAAAAGUUGCUGGCACUGAGGCCAUGACCUAUAAAAAUCUCCCCAGGCAAGAGCUGCUCGAUGAAGUUCUUAAACACUUUCCCGAGAAUGACAAACUGGGAUCUUAUACAUGGGCAUUUCCGGGAGAUCAUACGUCGCCAUAUCCUAAUUGA